AUGGCCGAUAAAAUAGCACAGGAUCCUGGGAAAAGUGCGUUUGAAAUUUUAAGGCGUGAUAAAGUGGUCACCAAGACCAUACGGAAGGACCUGCAUGACGGGAGACUCAUCGAACUUACCAAUGACAUGAUUGAGGAGUUGAAGAGUCCGGGGUUUAGUGACAACCCGGAAUGGCUUAGGGGAGCAUUUGGUAAAGUGUAUAUAUCAAAAGAAGAGGUGCCUGGAUUUAAUGUACGAGUUUUACUAAAAGAAAUUAAUUUGAAGCAGAUGCAACAAUAUUAUGAUACGGAAUGCAUACUCGAAACAAUCACGAACGAAAAAAAUGCGGCGCGAUUAAAGCAUUUCGGUAUUGUUCCACUGCUGGGUUAUCACGAUGACCAUUACAAUCAAAAGUACUACUUUUUAUCACCAUAUUUUGAAAAUGGAGACUUAUUUGAAGCCAUAUCAAAAGACAGAAUGCUUAAUAAAACUACGCAAAUCCUCCUGAGCUGGGAUAUCAGAUUGAAAAUAAUGUACCAGGUCUCCUGUGCUAUAGAUUUCAUGCAUACUGGCAACAUAUUCCGGGGAACAAUAUUGCACCUGGACAUAAAAUCCAAAAGCAUUGUUUUGGAUACACAUUUCAAUGCUCGGUUGAUCGAUUUUGAUUUCGCUCGAGAAUUGAGAGAAGGCGAAGAUUGUUUAGAGGUUGAAUCUUUUCCUGCGUAUCAGUUAACGUUUACGAAACAAAUAGACUAUCGGAGCUUUGGAUCGGGCAAGUAUUUUGUCUUCAAGCCGCUAUGCAAUAAAUAUAUAAAGUAAAAUAUAUCGUAUAAUACGGGCUUUGAAUAUUGACCAUUACAAUACAACUCAUGCAAGUAAAAUGAUUUGUUAGAAUUGCAAACAUUUUGCGAAUAACGUUAAUUGUUACCUUAAUUAACUAGGUUGUUAACGUAAUAGAACAUCCUAGAUAUUGGGUUUGGGAAUAGCAGGUGAGCUGGUCGUUAAACAGGUUGUUUUAUGAAAAUUAAAUUCUACCAAAAAUAGAAAGACGGCUCCUCUUAAUAAUUCCUUUU